AUGAAUUUAAAUAUAACAGAUACAUCGACACUAAAGUAUUGCGACUGGCGUAUAGAAAUUCACAAUUGCCACAGCUCUCAACUAUGGAUUGCAGAGGUGAUUUUUUCGACGAUGACAUACGGAAUCUUAACAAUAUCGGGUGGAUUUAUUUUCUGGUAUCGAUUUCGAUACAUGUGGCAAGGACUAUUUGUGGAUCACGGAACCGGAAUACGUCCAUUACCGCGUGAGUUGGGUCAAGAAUUUGCCUGGACUUUUUUAAGUUAUGGUGCUAUUACUUAUCUCGUUGGAAUAAUAUAUACAAUUCCUGUAAAUUAUACGCGCGGUACAUCCGCGCUAAUCUCACUACAAAACAGCGGAUCAACAACAAACGGGGAGGCAAAUAAAAGUGGAGGCUCUAAUGCAUUGAGUUUUACAACACACGAACUGUUUCUUCCAACUCCAGGUCAAUUAAACAUAUGUCUACUAGUAGGAUGCCUGUGGCCAUCACUAAUCGCAUUACCAUGUGCAAUACUCUCUGGUAUAUCGCGAGACCGCGGAGAUGCCAUUAUCGCAAACCGAUUCACCACAGUACAAUACAUCGCUGACUUUAUUUUUGACAUUGUAUUUGCACUAAUCACCGCAUACUACGGCAUAAAUUUCAUGAUAAUUCUCCGAGGAUCACUACAGCAAUCCCAACAUAAGUCGGGGUCUUCAUUCUUUAAGAAAAACAGUAGUCCGACACGAAAAGCUUUUCAUCGGCUGAAAUACACGAUGGCCUAUUUGUUUUUCAUGUCGAGCUUUACGGGACCGUGGUGGCUCGUUUGGGGAGUCGCGCAUCAAAAAAUCAUCGCCUCGAUAAAUAAUAUUAGUAUCUUUUUGUCGAUAAUGUGGUAUAUUACCGGACCACAACCAAUGAUUGCCGUUUGUCAGUAUGUGCUUGCGAAACGUAUUUAUCAACAAAUUUUCAGUCGAGGUGAUACUAAGUUGGCAAGUUCUGGUACAGUUGGCACGAAUGGUACAAGUGGUCUUGCAUCACCGAAAUCGCCUGCUUUUAAGAAUUCUGAUUCUGCUGAUGAUAAUUUGGUGGUGGUUUACAAGGAUAACGACCGUGCGUUAUAA